AUGUCUGAUCUCGACGAUCCUGCUAGUCUUAUCCUCUUUAAAACGCACUUUAAACAUGACCCCGAAGAAGCACUAAGUAAAGUACAUUUAGUCGCUUUUGAUUUGGGUCCUGAGACCUGUAGGAGUAAAUUAGUACCGCUAUUGUUUGAAUAUCAGAAAAGUGGCGACGAUCUCAUUAAAUACUCUAUCGCUAUCGCAUGGAAAACUGUUUCUAAAUUUGUGGGAGGAGGACUGUAUUUUAAACCAAUUCUCCUGAGCCUUGAACACAUUCUAUCACAAGAGGAGCCUUUCGUCAGGGAAAAAGGCAUUGAAACUUUUUUGGAGAUAAUACACGAUAACAAGAGCUUCACCUGCCCCGCAAUUCAAAUAUCGCUCAUAAAUGACACCGUAUGCCCAAUGCUUAAACGCCUGGCUAAUGACGACUGGUUUGCUGCCCCUAGUUCCGCUUGCUGUUUAAUACCCAAAGUUUAUCCCUUGGCUUCCCCCCAAAAUCAAGCUGAUCUAUUGCAAUGCUAUCAUCACAUGUGCGAAACAACAUUCGUACUGGUUAAACUGGCCGCGUCAAGAAACUUGAAGGAUCUGUUCAACCAUAUAGAUAUUGAAGACGCAAUAUCUCUCUUCUGGCUUGCACUAAAAAAUAUCGCUAACGACACGCAAGAUCGGGUGCGAAUUGAGGCUUUGGAAUCGUGUAUUUCAUUCGGCAAAAGAUGCACAAAUGAACAAAAUGAAUCAUUCAACAUGCCAAUCCUAAAGGAUGCGAUGCAGGAUCAAUCCUGGAGAGUUCGUAAGCAAUCUUCUUCACUUUUGAAGCAGAUUUAUUCCACAUUUGGUGCCAAACUUGUCGAUACCCACCUAUCUGGUCAUAUAUGCCAAUUAAUGAACGAUAAGGUGGAAUGGGUGAGGUCACAGGCUAUAGAAUCCUUUGUUCAGUGUGCUAAAAUACUAGAAUCAGAGUCUAUAGAAUUAUAUAAAAAGCAAAUUAUGAUGUUGCCUGUGGAUGCUAAUCCAGAGAACAGGAAGCACGCCGUUUCAAUCCUUGCCAUUAUCGCACAGGACUUAAAUAUUUGUCGGGUCUAUAUAAAGUCCAUUUUGAAUAUUUUGAUAAAUGACAACCAUCAUACAGUGAAGUUAGCACUGUUGAACUCAUUGAAUCUUUUUCAAGGGGAGUUGGCAAUUGAAGAUGAAAUUAUUCAUAGGCUCCUUAAUGAACUAAAAACAAGCACAUCAUGGCGCGUGAGGUUGUCACUUGUUAAAGAGAUUGAGGUGCUGAUCAAAGAGAGAAUUAUUAAUUAUAAUUUUUCGGGUAUCAUCCUGGAGCUGCUACUGGACCAUGUAUAUAAGGUUAGAAUUUCUACAAUCGACAUCCUGAGCAAACUGAAAGACGUGUCAAAUUGGGAUUGUAAGGAGCUUUUUAAUAAUUUGUGUGUUGCACUCGAGAAUAACAAGUUGCCUCCCGCAAUACAGCAAGCAUGCGGGCAUCAGGGAUCGCUUAAUUAUAAACUAAGAAUUACAAUAAUUAAAGCCCUCACAGUGUUGCAUGACCAGGAUGAAUAUGCUGUUAAAGUUUUAAAUCUCGCAGUCAAAGAUCCCGUACCAAACGUAAAAACGGCAGCUGAGGAGGCUCUUGAGUUCAUCUGCUCUGGAAACAACUGCGCCAAAGAUACUCCUGGUGAACCGAUCAGUCAAUUGACAGAUAAAUUUAAUAUGCUAACUGUCAAGUAUUCGGAUGAAAGUGCGUGUAGUUCUGUAGCUUCUACACAAAUUAUGAACACCGUGAGUGGGGAUUCGGGUGAAAUGAUAGCAGAGUAG